UGACAUUGUAAAAGUUAUUAUAAAAACAUUGUUAGAUCGCAAAAAAAGGUAGUCAACUAGUAGCUAACUGAAAUAAGUUAGGGUUAGCUAAAAAAAUGGGACACCGAACACCUGCUCUAUUUUGUUUAGUGUUACUAGUGUGUUCAUCGUACACAGAGGCGUACAAAAGUUUCAUCCACAAACGAGCGGCACCCACACAAUGUAAAAUAGUGUGCACUGGAGGUGGAGGUGGUGGUACCUCCACCAUAACAAUUCCAACACCAACUACGGCAGGUCCAGUAACUAAUGGUCCUACAACCCAAGGUACUUCAACUGAAGGUCCUACGACCGAAGGUCCUUCAACAGAAAGUCCAUCAACAGAAGGUCCUUCAACAGAAGGUCACUCAACAGAAGGUCCUACAACCGAAGGUCCUUCAACUGAAGUUCCUACAACCGAAGGUCCUACAACUGAAAGUCCUACAACUGAAAGUCCUACAACUGAAGGUCCAACAACUGGGGCUCCUACAACUGAAGGUUACACAACUGGGGCUCCUACAACUGAAGGUUCAACAACUGGGGCUCCUACAACCGAAAGUCCUACAACUGAAGAGCAAACAACAACCGAAGAGCAAACAACAACCGAAGAGCAAACAACUACUGAAGGUUCAACUACUCCAGCAUGGCCCAGUUGUCCAUGUUACUGUACCGCCAAUGGAAAGCAGUAUAGAGGCGGACCGGCUGCAGAAUUCGCUCGUUCCCACCAUGCAAGUCAUCAUUCUCUCUACUCUCAUGAAAGCAACAACCAUCACCUCACCGGUCAAGUAAGACACCAUGAAGCUCAGCAUGGUCAUCAAUUACACACCCAAGACAAAUCUCAUGGCGUGCAUGGGCAACAUUUACAUGGACAAGAAAAGAGCCAUGGUCAUCAUCUUCAUGGACAAGAAAAGAGCCAUGAGCAUCAUUUACAUGGACAAGAAAAGAGCCAUGGACAUCAUCUUCACGGGCAAGAAAAGAGCCAUGAGCACCAUCUACAUGGGCAGGAAAAGAGCCAUGGACACCAUCUUCACGGGCAAGAAAAGAGCCAUGAGCACCAUCUUCAUGGACAGGAAAAGAGUCAUGAACACCAUUUACAUGGGCAGGAAAAGAGCCAUGGUCACCAUCUUCAUGGUCAAGAAAAGAGUCAUGGGCACCAACUACAUGGACAGGAAAAAAGUCAUGGACAUGAGCACCAUCUACAUGGACAGGAAAAAAGUCACGGACAUGAACACCAUCUACAUGGACAAGAGAAGCAUCAUCAAGCCCAACAAUCCCAUCACCAGGAAGAAAGGAAGCAUGUUUAAAUUGAAGUUUAUUUAAUUUUUUAAUGGAUACGGAUAGGUAGUGGACACGUUUGUAUUAAUGUAAAUAAAAAUGACGCAUAUAUUAUUUUAUUAUUAAAUACGAAAGAUAGAAGACUUGUAUAUAUAGUUAUUGUUGAAUUAAAAGAUGUUUGGUAAGC